UCUACUUGGAUGAAAUCUGAUUUUUUUUUUUUUUUUUUACUCAGCAUUAUGCUCAAAUAUAUUUUCCCUAAUUUGAUCAAAGUUCCCACUGAAGAGCCAACCUUCAAUUUUGUGAAUUCCUGUUGCUUCCCAUUCAUUCCUGCUAUUUUCCUUGGAAAGUUAUCAACUUCCAAGCCUAGUCCCAACCUGGUAAGCCCCAUUUGGACCCCCGUCCAUCUUCCUGUGAGUGCAAACCCAGCCAUGGCCGAAGAGAGUAAUGUGACCCGGCAGUUGGAGAGCGUGGAGAGGAGCAUGAUGUUCCUCAGGCAGGAGCACCUCACUUUGCUCCACGGGCUCCACAUGGAGAUUCUUGCCCUGCAGAGACGAUGCUCAGAGUUGACAAAUGACCUGAAGGUGAAACCUCCGGGUCGAAGCCAAAUAGAAAUACAAGAGGAAGAGGAGCUGCUGGAGGCCCGCUGCAGGGGUGUAGAAGACCGUCUAUGUGACCAGGAGUGCACUAUUGGAGAAAUUCGCAAGGAACUGCUCCACAAGGGUGCGUUGGUGGGAGCCCUUCGAGCCAAUCUGAAAGAAAAAGAGCGCCACUUCCUUGAGGAGCUCAAACGACGCAGCCACUGCUCCACCAUCUUAAACACCGAGCUUCAGAAACAAACCGAGGCGGCGGCGUACCUUUCCUUCCAGCUUCACGCUGCCAAGCAGAAGCUGCAUCAUCAGCGGCUGCAGCAGAGGCAUGCGCUCCUGACCAGAGCUUCCCGUCAGGGCCCCCCGCAAUAUGACAGCGAGCACAUCUCCCCCCAGCAGUCGCUCGCAGGAGCCUCCAACUCUUCUCCUGGGGUUAAACCCAAGCGCAAGAGCGCGAGAGCCUGCUCUCGAAUGGAGCGCGCCCGGGAAUGUGUGCCCAUCGAGAAAGUGACGGGCCCUGCGGAGCCUGCAGCCAUGCCAGACCCCGCCCUCUUCCUUCACCCCUGGCGGCUCCGAGUACGCACCAGGCAAACGGGAACACACAGAUCGCUUCCGCUCAGAGAUGAGGAGGAAGUGGGUCAGCAAGGGCCAGUGGUCCCUCAAGAAGAUGCAGCCAGGCUGGUGUCUGCAACCACAGCGCCCCCUGGUGCUGAGGCACAGGCAGAUUAGCAAAGGACUGAUCUUUUUUUGCUUCUGUUAACACUUCUGUUAUGCUGCCCCUUGACGGAAUAACACCGUCGACCUGCCGUGGGCAAAGUAUGGCUCUGGGGCCACAUAUGGCCGACUAUGUUUUUUAAUCCAGCCCAACAAGCAUUUAAAUUAUCAAGACUCUUGUCAUAUUUGUUACCUAAAAUUGGUUAAUAAGAAUGUGUAUUUCCUUUUUGUUUUUUUUACAUUUUUUUAGUCAUUGAAUUAAAUAAUUGGUUAA